AUGAGACUCGUUGAGGAGCAUGGACGACGGGCGGAGUGGCACAGCGUCACAACGGAGGAUGGCUACAUGUUAUCAAUAUUUAGGAUCCUCCCGAAUCACCCCCGCAAUAGUUCCCACUGCGGACCUCCAAUUUACUUGCAGCACGGAUUAACAGGGACUGCAGACAUGUUUGUUAUAUUACAGCGCGAACGAAAUAUUGCAUUUCUACUAGCAGAUGCUGGGUAUGAUGUUUGGCUGGGGAAUUUGAGAGGAAGUGCGUACAGUCGCAAGCAUAGAACAUUGUCACCAGAAGAUUCCAAAUUUUGGGAUUUUAGUCUGGACGAGUACGCAAUCAAAGAUCUACCGGCAAUGAUGGACUACGUCCUCGACGUGACAAAGCGAUCGUCAUUGUCCUACAUUGGCAUAUCCCUUGGAACCACAAUCAGCACAAUAUUACUAUCAAAUCGGACAGACUUCAAUAGCAAACUGAAUCUAGUGGUUCACAUGGCACCAGUUAUGUUCUUCAAAACACCGAAUUUAACGAGAAAACUUUUGUCCAUGGCAGCUGAUUUUUUGGAAGGACCUCACAAAGCGUUCGAGAUUGUUCCUCGGAACAAAUUUAUAUAUUCAUUUGUGGAAUCAGUAUGUUUAGCAAACUCUUUCAUGGUGGAGUUCUGCUUAUUCUUUGUUGACACGUUCGUCGGCAAGGAUCGUGAGCAGUUGGCUAUGUCACGGUGUGGAAUGAAUAAAUAUAUUUCAGGGGAAUUCGAUUACUUCAAUCACAAAAACGACGAAACUAAUCUCCGGUAUUAUGGACAGACGAAGGCUCCAGCUUACAAUUUGACAAACAUCGUGGCUCCAAUGGUAUUCUUCAAAGCUCCGAAUGAUCCACUUUCAACCCUAGAAGACGACGUCGCCCUCAUCAGCAAAUUACCUCCAAAUAGAACUUUAUAUUACGAGAUUGUAAGAUGGAAAAACUUCAAUCACGUUGAUUUUAUCCUUGCGAAAGAUGUGAAAAAAUUUGUUUACGAUAGAUUAUUCGAAAUCCUAUCUGGCAUUAAUAAAUUUCCCUGA